CCCACCACCCAGACCCCAACCACCCUGCCACCACAGUGGGUCCUCAGACCCAACCACCCUGCCACCACAGUGGGUCCUCAGACCUAGCCAGCCCACCAUCACCCCACCUCUCUGUCACCAUGACACACAUGGACUACGAAUACACCCUGUUGGGUUCCUCGAUGGAGGACUACAGGAAGAGACCUCUGAAACCACAGGCGGACGACAGCCCCAUGAGCCUGUUUGCCGUGCUGGAGGUGAAACGUGACCCUCUCCAUCUCCACGGACCCUGGCCCCGGUGCACCCUGGGAUGUGGUACGAGCACCCUGACCUGCUUCAGGAAGGUUAAACUGUACAGCUUCCUGUUCGGCCUCGCCGUCAUGUUCCUCAUCGUGGCUUCCUAUAUCCUCACUGGGGACAAGAAGGGCCUCCUCUUGACCCCGUCCCCGUAUCACUUCUCUACGGUGCCGAACUCGGGGUCCGGGACUGGGCCCUACCCCUUUAAUGUGUCUUCUGCCAAGGACUACGCUACCGUUAAACUGGUGGUGAAGAGCAUAGCGUCCAAGGUGGAGUUCAGUACUACCAGACAGCUGCCAGAACGCGAGGCGCUAAUGCACAGUGAGCCACAUAUGUUUUCCGUUAUCCCCCACAGGUUUCUUCCCAACGUCAAGAACCCUUGCUGGUACGAGGAGCACACUGGGAAUAUCAGCAGGGACCCUUACAGGACAAACCUUUACGCCCGGUACUCGCGCCGCUUCAGAAGCGUGUUUGAGUACCUGAGGAAGGCUUUCCGAGAACACUUGUACCGCCGCGGGGGGAAGUACUACCGCAUUCGCUGCCUGCCUUACUUCUACAUCAUAGGCCAGCCGAAGUGUGGCACCACAGACCUGUACGACAGACUGCAGCUCCAUCCGGAGGUCAGGUUCACCACCUUCAAAGAGCCUCACUGGUGGACCAGGAAGAGGUUUGGUAUAAUCCGUCUGAGUGAAGGGUUCCAUGACCGUUACCCAGUGGAAGACUAUUUGGAUCUGUUUGACCUGGCAGCCUAUCAGAUCCAAGACAACCUGAUGGGAAACGCCCACUCAGGAGCCCCAGAGCAACACAACAUCAUCAUAGGAGAGGCCAGUGCGUCCACAAUGUGGGACAACAAUGCCUGGGCGUAUUUCUAUGACAACUCGACUGAGGCGGAGGCGGAGCCACCCUUCCUCAUCCAGGACUUUAUCCACACCCUUCAGCCUGACGCAAGGUUCAUCGUCAUGCUGAGAGACCCUGUGGAGAGGUUGUACUCCGACUAUCUCUACUUUGGGAUCACUAAUAAGUCUGCCGAGGACUUCCAGGACAAGGUGUCCGAGUCUCUCCAGCUGUUUGAAUGGUGCCUGACAGAGUACACCAUGCGCUCCUGUGUGUACAACACUACGCUCAACAACGCCAUGCCAGUCAGGUUGCAGGUGGGCCUGUACAUAGUCUACAUACUAGACUGGUUGACAGUCUACAGUAGAGAACAGAUUCUGGUCCUUCGGCUCGAAGACCACGCCUCCAACAGGAAGUACACAAUGCACCAAGUCUUUGACUUCCUCAACCUGGGUCUGUUGACGGAGCAGAAGGAAGCAGAGAUCACUAAAAGUCCCGCCUCCAACACACGGCGGCCAGCAGAUAAGAACCUCGGACCCAUGCUCCCCGUAACCAAGGAGAUAUUGAGGGACUUCUACACUCCGUUCAACAAGAAACUGGCCAAGGUGCUCCGCAACGACUCCUUCAGAUGGGACAACCAUUCAGAACUCAUAUAAAGACUUGUUUUAAUGGGGAAACCAUUCAGAACUCAUAUAAAGACUUGUUUUAAUGGGGAAACCAUUCAGAACUCAUAUAAAGACUUGUUUUAAUGGGGAAGCCAUUCAGUACUCAUAUAAAGACUUGUUUUAAUGGGGAAGCCAUUCAGUACUCAUAUAAAGACUUGUUUUAAUGGGGAAACCAUUCAGAACUCAUAUAAAGACCUGUUUUAAUGGGGAAGCCAUUCAGUACUCAUAUAAAGACUUGUUUU